AUGGCCACGCUUGACGAUGAUGCAGACGCGGCCGUCAACUCGCAGGACGAGUUCGAGAACGAGGAUGAAGAAAUGGAGGACGCGAACGAUGCGGACCAAGAUCAAGACCAAGGCCAGGACGAUGAGGGCGGGGAGGACGAUGAAGAUGAGGAUAAUGAUGAUGGCGAGGGUGAGGAUGAUGACGACGAAGAUAGAACAGAACAGUCACCGUCGCAGCGAAUCGGUCAGACACAACGUUCGUCAACCAUGGACAGUCAGCAAAACCCAGAAGUUGUCUUGACCUCGCCUUCCCCGCGACGAUCGCCAUAUAGCUCCAACGGUCCAUCAACCUUCAUACCUCCCACGCGGCCAGAAGCGCUGAUUGCGCAAGCAUACGACAUCGUCCCAACCAUGGCCGCCCCGCAAAGCACCUCCAUCAACGCGGUCACCGCAACACCAGACAUGCGCUGGGUAUUCAGCGGAGGCAGCGAUGGCUAUGUGCGCAUGUACAACUGGGUUGAGACAGCGAAUGGCAAGGUGCCACUUACUGUCGCCCAGAAGCACCCGUUUGUGGAUAGCGUGAUGAAGGCUGGCAGUCUGGUCACGUACUGGGAGAAUGAAGAGAGCCCAGUGCGCACGCCACCAAGUCAGUCUGACGAGAGCAAGUGGACCAGUCCAGUCUACUCGCUGGCUGUACAGCACCAAGCUGUCUGGCUGUUGUCCGGACUAGAGAGUGGAGGGAUUAAUCUACAGACAUGCCGUCACCAAGCCGGAACGAAGAUCACGACCAUGAAGGAGCACACUAAUGCUGUGUCUGUAUUAUCAUUGUCGCAAGACGAGGCAAGCUUUCUUUCUGGCAGCUGGGACAAGAACAUCCACGACUGGGAUCUUCAGACUGGAAAAGUCAAGCGGAGCUUCUUAGGAAGUGGUGGUCAAAUUAGUGCCAUCGAACCUCGACCUCUGAGCGACGUCCCUAUCCCUGAGGUAACGGAGCCGACUCACGAGUCGCUCGACACAUUUUCCAGCAACAACGCUGAUCGGCCACUUACGAAUGGCUUGUCCAACGGUAUGGACAUGCGAGGUGGCGAAGAAGAUGCAGCUGGCUCACCGAGUAGCCUCUUCGGCGAUGACCACAACUCGCUGUUCGGGGAUGAUACGGCGGGAGUUGGCGGCGGGCCUACCUUUGAUGAUGCCGAUGACGAACUGACCAGGGCACUGCAAGAUGGUCUCGAAGAGAGUGGGCCGCCCCAGCUACCAGCGGAAGACGAUAUUGACAUGGCUGGAAUGGGUAGCGGCGGACCUGUCCAGGCUCCUGAAGCGGUUCAGCCGCCAACUACCAUGGACGCAGAUGCAGACGCACCUUUGGCUGACACGACCAGCGAGCAGCUUCCGAACGGACAGCCUGACAACGCACCCACAGCGAACGGAGAAUCUGCUCACGAGCCAGCCUCCCCAGCCGCAGCGAACGCCGAGCCAAACGGCAUCAGCUCGCUCCCACAUGGCGAAGAACCACUUACAGCACCAGCAACGAACGAGUCAAAGUCCACGGACCUUCCACCGCAGUCUGGGUCCACCUUUCUAGAUGCCUCCUUUGACGGCAGCAUACGUAUCUGGGACCGCCGAGUACCAUCGCCCAUCGCUACCAUUGCGCCUUACGGUGGUACGCCACCUUGGUGCACUGGUGCAUGCUGGAGCCCAGAUGGCAACUCGUUCUACGCUGGACGGAGGAACAACACUGUUGACGAGUACUCCAUCCAUAAGCUGGGGUCGGAUAGAGGCAAGCCUGAGCGAGUGUUUCGCUUUCAGCAGGGUAGCGGAGCAGUGUAUGCGGUUAGGAGUAUGCCGAAUGGGCGGCAUCUUGUUUGUGCCUCUCAGGACAUCCUCCGCAUAUACGACCUACAACAAUCGGAAGCCAGUCGACAUCGGACCGUGCCUUUCACCAUCAUACCUGGCCAUCGAGGAGGUGUAAUCAGCUCGGUGUAUGUCGAUCCUACUUGUAGAUUCAUGCUGUCGACCGCUGGCAACAGAGGCUGGGAGAGCACGGCUGGGACGGAGGUGUUACUUGGUUACGAGAUUGGCGUCCAAGAUGCUGCUGGUGUCUGGCACAAGUGA